CGAAGCGGCCGCUUCCGGCGGCGGCAGCAAUAGGGGCGCAGCAGCAUGGCCGCCGUCCCGCCUGACUCCUGGCAGCCGCCCACCGUCUCCAUGGAGACCACGUAAGGGGUGGGAACACCACGGGCCUCCACGCUCGGAUGGGCACGCUGGUGCUGGAGCUGUACUGGCGCCACGCGCCACGGACCUGCAAGAACUUUGCCGAGCUGUGCCGCCGCGGCUACUACAACGGCACCCGCUUCCACCGCAUCAUCCGGGACUUCAUGGUGCAGGGCGGUGACCCCACCGGCACCGGCCGUGGCGGUGCCUCCAUCUACGGCAAACACUUUGAGGAUGAGCUGCACUCCGAGCUGAAGUUCACCGGAGCCGGCAUCUUGGCCAUGGCCAACGCGGGACCGGACACCAACGGCAGCCAGUUCUUCAUCACGUUGGCGCCGGCGCAGUGGUUGGACGGCAAGCACACCAUCUUCGGGCGCGUGUGCCAAGGCAUCGGCGUGCUGGGCCGCGUGGGCAUGGUGGAGACCAACGCGCAGGACCGGCCCCUGGACGACGUCAAGGUCCUCAGGGCUGUCCCCGCUGGGUGACGCCGGGAAUAAAAGUGUGCACGGA